AUUAUAUGAAAUCUGUUUGAUAUUGAUGUACAGUGUUAUAUUUACGAAGAUGAUUAUAUUGUUGAGAAAAUAAAAAUUAUAUAGAACAAAGUGAAGCGAGUCUUGAAAAUAUAUAUGCGUGUUAUGGAGUUGGUAUACAUAUAUGCGGCCGUGUGAUAGGUGGUUACCGAGGUGUGAGAGUGGGGCUGGUGUGUGAAGAGUACACGCCUCCCCAGAGAGGAUGCCUUCGGGCUGGGUCCCAGUUCAUAUAAAUGUGGUUGAAGGGAACAGACAGGGCCAGUCGAGGGACGACACGCGCGGCGGGCGCUUGCCCGCGCCGACACCAUGUUUAUCAACCGUGACAAUUACACAUUAGACACUUCGACCGAGCCUCCGAACAACGCUAAUCAAACAGAUUUCGAUAUUAUGAUAGUGCAACUCGUGAACACCGUUUAUUUGUAUUUUACUCCGAUAUUAGUAGUGCUCGGUACUAUUGGUAAUAUGCUGUCCUUGUUCGUAUUCCACGGGAGUAAAUUGCGUCUCCAGUCAACCAGCCAGUACCUAUCCACUUUGGCUAUCGCGGAUAACAUAUUCCUGCUGCAACUGCUGCCGCCGUGGCUGAGCGCAACCGGCAUAACCAGCCUCUUCCACCGCACGGGCUUCUGUCAGUUCAUAGUGUACGUGUCGUACGUGUCGUGCUGCCUGAGCGCCUGGCUGGUGGUGGCCUUCACUGUGGAGCGUUUCGUGGCGGUGGUGUAUCCUUUGAGACGGAACGCGGUCUGCAGCGUGAACAGGGCCCGCCAGGUGAUAGUGCUGCUGAGUAUCUCCGCCAUCGUCAUGAACCUGCCCGUGUUAAAGUUCACCUCACCUAGUAAGGACGACUGCAACAUCGACAGGGAGUAUCUGGAUCACGCCGCCAGAUUUAAUCUCAUCGACACUCUGCUGUCUUUCACCCUGCCGCUGGGUGUCAUUAUAAUAAUGAACUCGUGGAUCAUGGUCGGAGUGUGCCGCCUGGAGAGGGCUCGUCAAGCUCUCAUGAAGGAGGAGCAGACCGGCCUCCCCUCCCGCCUCCGUCAGCGCCGCCUGGUUGGCUGUCCUCAAUCACAACAGAAAGUCACCCGGAUGCUGCUGCUCGUCUCGUCUGUGUUCGUGAUUCUGAACCUGCCCGCCUAUACCAUCCGCAUCUUGGCCUACGCUUAUGAUAUCAAUGCCAAUGAGGUGGGUGGCCGUUGGACGGCGCUGCAGCAGCUCUCUGUGAUGUUCUUCCACACCAACUUCGGCAUCAACUUCCUGCUAUAUUGUCUCAGUGGCCAAAACUACCGCCGCGCUCUCAUCCAGGCCCUUCCCUGGGUCCGCCGCCGGGCCCGCCGAGCCGUCGCCGUACGAUUCGCCGCGGAUCCGCCGAGGGGCAGUAGCGUCUCAACAUCUCACGUGAGCACCGAGGCCACAGUCAUCAACAUGACCAACCUCAACACUAACCAACAGCGGCAACGCGACUGCAUUACACGCUGGAAAUUUGACAACACGCGCCAACGACAGGCCAUGGCACACGCCCGCUCUCAGGCUGAACGAUCGGAACUGGCCUCGGUCACCGUGGAGGGUCGUGCUCAGGACAUGGAGCUGAGAACCGUCCACACCAUCUGACGCCCCAGAAUAAUGACGCCCGUGCGGGCACGGCGGUACGUGGAAUAAACGCUUUCAGAACUUCGUGUGGCGAUGGACACUUCAUCGAUAUUUUGCCCCAAAUCUCAAAUCUUUAGAUGCAGCAACAACUACAAUAGGGACAGUGGCGUUAUGGAGACAUCAUGGAGGCUUCUUCACACCGUAUUUAUAUUGAAGCGUCCAUCGCUUGCGAACGUUGUUUAUUCCACUCAAAGACUUUGCGAAAGCUAAAACAAAAUAACAGACAGUGAUAACCCAACAUGCAGUGACGACCCAGGCUUUAAAAUCAUUGACGAGACAAAUUUUACGAGGGUACGUUAUGUGGACUACGACAUCCGAUGUGAGCGUUAAAGAAUUAAAGGUUUAAGACCAGUUUACUCAGUGGAUAAAUAUCGGGAUAUUGUACGGCGAAAACGGUUUAACAUAACGUAUCCAACAAACUGACACAGCGUCACAUAUUAUUAAUUAAGCGUAAUCUUAAGCAUAGUCGGGUGUAACUCUAUAGUUAUUAAUGUAGUUCGUAAAUACUAUCAUCCAUCGACACAUCUUGGACGUCAUAUUUUAAAAACGAAAUCACAGUACAAACAUUGAAAAUAAAUUGCAGAUUUAUAUUUAUAUAGACAUAUACCUAUUAGAAACAUAUUGGAACAAUACAAAAUCAGCCAAAGGCUUUAUAUUCGCGCUUUAACGACACAUUUGGUACAAAAUAUAAUAAAAAUAUAUAUUACACAUACAUAUAUUUUCUAUAAAAAGUAUUAAAAAACUGUAUCGUAUCGUAUAUAAAGGAAUUCAUAUAAAUAUAUAUACAUACAUGUAUAUUUUUGAUAAACUUUGUCAAAUCUAACAGAUGCAUAUAUUUUUAAAAUACCAUUUAUCACGCAGAUGUUUAAUUAUGACUUAUAUAUGUAUCGUUCACAUCGUAACAUAUUCAAUGAGGUGAGGGAAGAUAUAUUCUUAUAAUAUAUAUAUAUCGAGAUGUUUACAAAAACGAAAACAUCAACCAUAGGGACCGAUUGGCUUAAAAUCAAUAUUGUGACAAAAUUUUAUAAAAUAUAAUAUAUAAUACAUUAUUGGCAUGUUCUUUGAUAACGAAACCCCCAAAAUUUACAAAUCCGUAAACGGAAUCCGUACAAAUUAAAUUGUGUUUAUGGAAAGUAUGUCGUAAUGUUAACAAUAGUGAUGUGUUAAAUUAAGUGAAGUUUACACGGACCUGAGUGUACUUGGAAUGAAUCACAACGCUUUAUUACUAGUGAUACGAUCUGGAGUGCAGAUGUAUCUAUAUAAUAAUUGUAUGAACAUAUUUAUACUAAGAUUAUUACUGUAUAAUCCAUUUUUGUUUCUACAAAACAUCAAACUCAUCACGACGAUAUCAUUUUAGGGUCUAGUCGCUGUUAUUGUAAUAAAUUAGGGUGUGUUAAGUUAGUGAUACAAUGAAAGGAAUAUAAAAAUAUACGUAAGUAUAUAAAAAAAAAGAAAAAAAAUUAUGGUAAAAUGACGCAACAAAAAAAUACAGAAAAAAAAAAUAAAAAAAAAUCGUAAUUUUAUAGGUAAAUGAAAAAAACAAAAAAAAGAUAAAAUUUACAGAAUAUUCAG